AUUGGUAAGAAUCAUUACAGUCCUAGCCAACAAACAGGGAACUCCACGUGGCUGCUUUAGUGGAACCUGAGGCCAGGAGAGAAGAGAAGCUAUGGCCUUGAACAUGCCUCCAGAUGAAUGGAGAAGCUUCAGCCAUAAGAGGCGAAGGCAGCUGAUUAACAAAGAGAGGAGGAGAAGGAAGAGAGUGACAGAGGCAUUGCAGAGAGAACAAAAACAAGCUGUUCUCGAACAAGACCCUGAUUAUCUUGAGGAGUUGUGUGCUGAGGAGAGGAAGGUAGCAGAGGGUGAGCGACAGAGGGCUCUGCAGGAGGAGCAAUGGCGGGAGACAGAGAGGGUGGCACAGGAAGAGUUCCGGAGAAAGAGGGAGGCCCAAGAGAAGGUCCUCAGAGAGAGAGAGGAAAGAGAGCGUUUGAUUCGUGAGGAGUGGGAGUCACUGCAGAGUAGGGAGAGAGAUGAGGAGGAACGACAAGAGAGGGCACGGAGAGACAAAGAGGAGAGAUUGCAGGAGGCGCUCAAGACAGGGGAAACCCCCUUACACCAGACAUCGUGGGCGUCCCCUCGCUGGACACCUGAAUCUUCUACUCCACCGUCAUCCCCACCCACACAAGCCACACCAUCACCACGACCUUCACAAAAUCCUAACUACGGCACAGAGCAGGACCCUCAGUACUGUUCGUUUUAUCUCAAGACAGGUGCUUGUCGUUUCAAGGAGAGGUGCUCCAGACAGCACCCUCGUCCCUCCUCUAGCACGACUCUGAUGCUACCUGGGAUGUAUACUAGUCUGGGCUUUAUGGAGCAGCUGGUAGACGACAAGGACCAGGACACAGGCCUAGAGUAUGAUGAAGGGGAGCUCUAUGAGCAGUUCAUCGUGUUCUACAACGAUGUGCUUCCUGAGUUCAGAAUGGCUGGAAAAGUCGUUCAGUUUAAGGUGUCUUGCAACUAUGAGCCACAUCUUAGAGGGAAUGUGUAUGUACAGUUUUCAACUGAGGAGGAGUGUAGUAAAGCCUUUCAGCUGUUCAACGGGAGGUGGUAUGCUCAGAGACAGCUGUCCUGCGAAUACUGCCCUGUGCAGAAGUGGAGAAGUGCUAUUUGUGGUUUGUUCAAUAUGAAGAAAUGUUUCAAGGGGAAGCACUGCAAUUUUCUACAUGUGUUUAAGAAUCCUGACCGAGACUUCUACCGAGCUGACAGGGACCUCCCCCUCACAUCCCCACCAUCCUCACACUCUCACAGGAGGCACUCCUCACACACGCCCUCACACUCAUCUCCCUACACACCCAGACAGUCCAGCAGACAAGAUGUCAGUAGAAGCAGUUCGCGAUCCCAUUGGUCUAGGAGCAGGAAGUCUUCCUCGGACUCACCUCCCACGGAGAGAAGACAUUCCCAGCACUCGAGACCACCUCCCUCUCGACUUAGACGGUCUCGCUCUAGAAGUAGUGAGAGGAGCUAUUACAGACGAUACCCUUCUUCAGAGAGGCACUCAACAAGGAGGCGACGGUCUAGAUCUAGCAGUGGUGACAAAAGCAGUGGUGACUCGGACAGCACGCACAGACGCUCACAGCAUUUGAAACGCCAUCACAAAUCCAAGAAAAAGAAGAAGAAAAGUUGUUCUAAGAUGGCUAGCCUGUCAAGGUCAACAGAGGCGUCUCCAUCAAGAGAGAGUUCCCGUCAUAAAAAGAAACAUAGACGAAAGCGACGCCACAGUAAUGACUCUGUUGAAGAUAACCAAUCACUCAUUGACAUUCCAGGGAAUGAGGAAAUCAAAGAAUCAAAUGCUCCUCCUCCACUAAUUGAUGAUGUGACCACACCUAGUGCCCUUGUUGAACUAUCGACCACCCCUUCACUGUGCAAGACUGUUGUGGGCGUGGCAGAGCAGCCCGGAGAUGAUUCCACUAAUCAAAGUGUGACUCGUGAUUAUGAAGAUAAAACUGAAACUGAGACUGUUUCUUCUAAUGACGCCAAGAUAGAAGUUUGA